GUAGGGAAAUGGCCAGAAGAAUAAGCUCCCACUUUCUAUUCUAAACGUGCACGUGCGGUCUUAGUACUAGAUUACCUAUUGCAGGUUGCGCACUGAAACAUGGAUUACAAAACAAAGUGCUUGUUUUUGACAUUUUUGUUAAUUUCUCACAUUAAAUACGGCGAAUCUCUACAAUGUUACACAUGUUCAUCCCCAGAAGCUUUAAUAUGUGGGAAUGACUUUAGUCCUUCUAAGGCACUCGCAGUGCCAUGUGCGGGAUCCGAAAGCGUAUGUAUAAAAGGGAAGUCGAGGGUUGGCGGUGACAUUGUCGUGACGAGGACGUGCGGGACGCAAUCGUCCUGUCAGUUAUUCGAAACCUGCCAGGUUUGCACCACCGACAAGUGUAAUUCUUCCACGAGUUUGAAAUUUCAUUUAAUGCUGCUUCCAUUGGUCGGAUUAACUAUUAUCAAAUCCUUUUUCUAAGAUAACUUAAGUCUUAAUUUUUAUAUGUUAUACAGAAUAAUAUAUUAUAAUGUUGUUAGCUUCGAGAA